GCCUCAGUGAUAAAUUUAGCAUUAAGUGACGAUAAACAUCGACUUUAUGCACUUUGUGCGAACGGUGGGCUUUACUGCACCCCUUUACCACCACAGCUCAGGCUUCAAUGAGCAUAGUGUACGAGGACCAGUGCUGUGUGCCUGUGUUGAUGAUAAGCGGCUGUACUACAGCUCUCUCAAUGACCUACACGCUCUUCAGCUCACCACAACAUCUUCAUCAGAAGCAACAGGAACUGAGUCCCAACUGCAAGCUCUGACCUCUGACAGUCUUGGUGUAUGCAGGGCUAUAGCACUUGCUGGGCCAUAUACUAACCCCACAGGAUCUGUGCAGCUUUUGGCAGUAUCUUUGAGCGGAAGACUGCUUCGCGUGAACCUUCCUCAAGGAUCUGAAAAUGUUCCCAGGUUGCCCUCAUCUCUGGCAGGCCAGAGAGUGAAAGACCUUCUGGCUUCCAUCGCAAACAUCUGGGAGAGGGCAGAAUCCUUGAAACACAAGCUUCAGGAGAAAAAUGAGUCUCUCAAACAUCUUAAUCAAGUCAUAAAUGUUUGCAGCCUGAGCCUCCUGUUGGACAACCAUGGGAAUGAAAAGGUGUGUAAUAUGGGCACCAAGCAUCCAAUCAGCUGUUAUGUAGCUAGAUGGAGCUCGUUGCUCCAAAGAGACUCUUUGACUCUCACAUGUGUGCUUGAAAAUUCAAGUGGAUGUACAUUGGAACAUGGCUGGACUUUGUGCAUUCAGGUCCAUCCAUUAUCCAAGGGUCCAAAUAUGGAAGGCUCAGCUAGGACAUACUCAUUCCCUUUCAUGAAACUGGAUUCUGGUCAGAAACUGGAUGUAACCAUUCCCCUUGAAAGCACUGGCGGGCUGUCUCUGCCAGUGAAAGUCUACUGUUCUCUCGCCUUCUCCCUAUCUGCUCUGUUUAGUCCUGAAGCAUCUUCUCCUGGUGUUUCCCAGCUCCUAACAGAGAUGGGCUCCAUCUGUGCACCUUUGAGUACUUUAACAGUUGACUGGCUUGAUGCUUUAAGGCUAGAUGGAACAUUUUCUAAUUGUAAUAUCAGACACAACACUGUCACGGAUGGCAUCCAAGCCUUCCUGCGUUCCAGAGGAGCGUUAACCAGAGAUUCUGAUACUACUACCAAGUCAGGACCCAUCACAGUGAUGGUCAGGGUAUCAUCACAGCUCCUAAAUACCAAACUGCACCUCUCAGCAACCAGCAGUGCAGAAAGAUGCAUGUCUGUGCUAAACUGGGUGGUAUCACCUGAGGAGAGAGGACAAAUGUCGAUACAAAGUCCAGUGGUUUGUGCCUACAGCCCAGAUGGAUGUUCUGUCAAGCUUCUGGUCAAAGAGGUAACACUGGGAGAUUUCUGUUCUGAUGGACCUCUUGAAGUCUUGGAGAUUCGGGUGGAAAGUUCAUCUGUGGCAGCGGUGUGUGGACUGCAUCAUGCCAUUCUAAGGCGCCUUCAGGUCUUGCUCAGAGACUCGGCUGUGAAAUGUGUUCAUACAAAACAGCUAAAGGCACAGAGCUUGUUUGAAGCCGUACAGCAUGUUGAGUCUCUUUAUAAAGACCUUCAGGAUGCUCAG